AAAACCCUCAAAAUCUCCGCGAAGAAACCAUUUCAUAUCAAUCAGAUGGCCAAGUGGUGGCGCGGCCUUAAAGCGGUGGUUCAAUCACAACCACCACCGCCCUCUCUCCGCUCGCAGUCCUCACUGUACCACACAAUCCAAGCCAUCCCAAGAGAAUGUACCGGCAGUCGAGUCGCCGCUCGUGAUCGAGCCCAAGGUAGAAUUCCGGCAGUAGUUUUCCCUCAAACAUUACUCGAUAAAAACCCUAACGGCCGAUCUUUAUCAAGAAAACAGUUAUUAACUACCGAGAGAAAACAGAUUCAGUCCAUUCUUAAAUCUGUUGGUCUCCCGUAUUUUUGCUCUACUCCUUUACAGCUCCAGAUCCGUGCCGGAUCCGGGUCCUCGGUUUUUCUUGAAUCCGGAAAGAUUUUACCCAUCAAGGUACAUAGAGAUGAGGAGACUGGGAAGAUUUUGAAUUUGGUGUUUGUAUGGGCUGAUAAUGGAACUGAGUUGAAAGUUGAUGUGCCUGUUGUUUUGAAAGGAGAGGAGGAUUGCCCGGGUCUUAAAAAAGGGGGACAAUUGAGGAGAGUAAGAAAUACUCUGAAAUUUCUUUGUCCAGCAGAACACAUUCCCCCAAAAAUUGAGGUGGACUUGAGCAAUCUAGAUAUUGGAGAUAAAGUUUCCAUGAGCGAAGUUGAGGUUCAUCCAUCAAUGAAGCUUCUGAGUAAGAAUGAGAACAUGCCUAUAUGUAAGAUUGUAUCAACAGACUUGGAGAUCCCAGAACCAAAACUAGAACCGGAAGCAGAACCACAAGUAGAAGCAGAUGCCGAAGCGGAACCAAAACUAGAAUCGGAAGCAGCAACAGAAACAGAACCUAAACAAACAUAGUCAAUGGGAUCAGUGUCAAUUAGUAUUGAAACAGAGAAAGCAUUGGAAGGCUAAAGUUCCAGUUGCUGAUUUGAAAGUUUCAAUUUGGGUGAUCAUUUUCUUCAGAGCAUUAUAUGGCAUGCGUGAAUUUGUUUGAAUGUUCGUCGCUAAGCCUCCAUAACUUUAUCAGGCAAUUGAGAAAAGAAAGUUUAUCUGAAAUUAUACAUGUAGCAAGUGCAACAUGUAGAUUGAAAUGGCUAUCCACUGUGUUAUUUUCUUUAAGUAGAGAAUAAAAUGUGGGCAAAUGAAAAUCUCCUGUAACAUUCUGUUUGAUCUGAAAACUGUUUUUUGAUCUUCCAGCUAACAAUUUGUGGGUAGUUUUUAUGUAUUCUCAUAAUUUCAAACUGUUCUUUGUUUGA